CUUGCCCGAACGCGCUUCCGAAUCCGCAUUGGUUUUACCGACUCCGAGAACCUCCGAUAGCAGUUGCGUCACCAUACAAGCACGGAUGAGACAUAGCCAUUCGAGAGCUGUGUGUGAUUGUUGUCAACGACAAUAAGCUAUUGAAAAUGAAGUUUAGUAAAUAUAAAUUUGAAUUUCAGCGUGCGAGAUACUGACUGUUGUUUUUUGUAAAGGAAGUGCCGAGGAAAGGAGAGACAUUUGAGAGGCCAAGACUCAGGGACCACGUCAUUGCCUGACAGUAAGUUAGGCGAAGGAGAGAGAAGCGACCUGGUCCUGCAGGGGGAGGCGGGGCUUCUGCGGGCGAGGGCGGGGCUUCGGCGGGAGGACACGGCGGGUGCCGAGCCGGAGACACGGGGAGCAGGAUAGGGAAGCAGCAGGGCGGGGCCGGCGGCGGCGCGGGGCUGGCGGAGAAGAUGGCGGGCAGCCCGGAGAAGAGCGCCUCGGCGCAGGAGCUGAAGGAGCAGGGCAACCGCCUCUUCCUCGGCCGAAAGUACCAGGACGCCUCCGUCUGCUACAGCAAGGCCAUCAACCGGAACCCCUCGGUGUCGGUGUACUACACCAACAGGGCCCUGUGCUACGUGAAGCUCCAGCAGUACGGCAAGGCCCUGGCCGACUGCAAGCACGCUCUGGAGCUGGACAGCCAGUCGGUCAAGGCGCACUUCUUCCUGGGCCAGUGCCACCUGGAGAUGGAGAACUACGACGAAGCCAUCGGCAACCUGCAGAGAGCCUACAACCUGGCCAAGGAGCAGCGGCUGAACUUUGGGGACGACAUCCCCAGCGCCCUCAGGAUAGCCAAGAAGAAGCGAUGGAACAGCAUCGAGGAGAAGCGCAUCAACCAGGAGAACGAGCUGCACGCCUAUCUCACCAAACUCAUCCUGGCAGAGAAGGAGAGGGAGCUGGACGACUGGCGGGAAAAGCAGGAGGACAAGUCGGAGGACAGCAGGAGCCGGAACGAGUCGGCCAAGAUCCAGUCCAAACACGAUAAGUACCUGUCGGACAUGGACGAGCUGUUCUCUCAGGUGGACGAGAAGAGAAAGAAACGGGAGAUCCCCGACUACCUGUGCGGGAAGAUCAGCUUCGAGCUCAUGAGGGAGCCCUGCAUCACGCCCAGCGGGAUCACCUACGACCGCAAAGACAUCGAGGAGCACCUGCAGCGGGUCGGACAUUUUGACCCCGUGACCCGCAGCCCUUUGACCCAAGACCAGCUGAUCCCGAACCUGGCCAUGAAGGAGGUGAUCGACGCCUUCAUCCUGGAGAACGGCUGGGUGGAGGACUACUGAGCCUCCGAGCUUCUCUCGAAAGGAGAAAUCAGAGAAGAAGAAGAAGAAACUUGGCGGAAGGCCAGACGGGAGACGGACCCCUAAACGAAAGCGAGAGUUGAAGCGAACAAAUGGAAUGAAACAAAAUGAGCGCGCCCUCUCGGGCGGGCGCUGAGACGGACCGCCAAAAAGCAGGAGCGCGGAGGCCCUGAACUACGACCAUCUCCUUCCAUUCUCUCUCUCUCUCUCUCUCUCUCUCUCUCUCCCUCUCUCACUCUCCCCCCCUCUCUCACUCUCUCUCUCUCUUUCACUCUCUCUCUCUGUCUCUCUCUCUCUUUCUCCCUCUCUCUCUCUCUCUCUCUCUCUCCGUCUCUCUUCUCUCUUCUUCUCCAGCCUGCACACUGCCCACCUCCUCCCUCGUUUCCCCCCCGUGGUCCCUCCUAAUAAAAUUACACUGUCCCUCUGCAGUGGGGAGCACCGUCUCCAUUUUAAUUUCA